CCGGCACUGUGCGCUUUAAUUGUCAAGUGCUGCAAAAUCCCUUCUGAUAAACCAGCAAGCUGAUUAUAAGGCUCUUCAGAGCUUCUUAAAUACUCGUCGACAUAGUGCCAUGCGAGAAUAAUCCCUAUCAGUAGUGAGUGAGUCUUCGUCGCAUACAGUGAUACAGAAUAAGGGAAAGAUUGUUGCAUAAUUAUUCAAUUAAAAAUGGAAUUUUCCGAUGUGUCAGUAACUGUCGGGAUGCUGUGUAUAAUCAUUUACCUCCUGUUGGUUCGACAGUUCCGCUACUGGACGGAACGUAAUGUGCCCCAGCUAAACCCGCACCUGCUUUUCGGUGAUGUGCGCGACGUGAACAAAACCUGUCACAUUGGUGAAAAGUUUCGUCAGCUUUACAACGAGCUCAAAGGAAAACAUCCAUUCGGUGGCAUUUACAUGUUUACUAGACCCGUUGCACUGGUAACCGAUCUGGAGCUUGUGAAGAACGUUUUUGUGAAGGAUUUUCAGUACUUUCACGAUCGCGGUACGUACUACAACGAGAAGCAUGAUCCACUGUCGGCGCAUCUGUUCAAUCUGGAGGGUUACAAGUGGAAGUCGCUACGGAAUAAGAUCACGCCGACAUUCACUUCGGGGAAGAUGAAGAUGAUGUUUCCAACGGUUGUAGCGGCCGCCAAACAGUUUAAAGACUACAUGGAGGACGCAAUCGGAGAGCAAGAGGAAUUUGAGCUGAAGGAUCUGCUUGCUCGCUAUACGACGGACGUGAUCGGGACGUGUGCGUUCGGCAUCGAGUGUAACAGUAUGCGAAAUCCGGACGCGGAGUUCCGAGUGAUGGGCAAGAAGAUCUUUGGACGUUCCCGUAGCAACCUGCAGCUGUUGCUGAUGAAUGCUUUUCCGAGUGUAGCAAGGUUUGUGGGCAUUAAGCUGAUCCUACCGGAGGUUUCGGACUUCUUCAUGAACGCGGUGCGAGAUACGAUCAAGUACCGGGUGGAGAACAAUGUGCAGCGGAACGAUUUUAUGGACAUUCUUAUCCGUAUGCGUAGUGACAAGGAAACGAAGUCGGACGAUGGUACGCUAACGUUCCACGAGAUUGCUGCACAGGCGUUCGUUUUUUUCGUGGCCGGAUUUGAGACAUCAUCAUCGUUGAUGGCCUUUACACUGUACGAGCUGGCGCUGGAUCAAGACAUACAAGAUAAGACAAGGAAAUGUGUAACUGACGUCCUUGAACGCCACAACGGAGAACUCACGUACGAAGCGGCGAUGGAAAUGGUUUAUUUGGAUUGUGUUCUUAAAGAGUGUCUUCGAAAGCAUCCACCGGUGUCGGUUCAUUUCCGAAUCACGGUGAAAGAUUACAUCGUUCCCGGGACAAACUCUGUUCUCGAAGCGGGAACAUCCGUCAUGAUUCCCGUGCUUGGCAUUCAUCACGAUCCGGAGCAUUUCCCCGAACCGGAACGCUUCGAUCCGGAACGAUUCACUGCGGAACAGGAAUCGAAGCGCCAUCCGUACGCAUGGACACCAUUCGGCGAGGGUCCUAGGAUUUGUGUGGGACCACGGUUUGGACUGUUGCAAGCUCGAAUUGGAUUGAUCUAUCUGCUCACAAGCUUUCGUUUUGUUCGUUGCUCAAAAACUCCUGUCCCUUUGCGGUAUGCCCUAAAGAAUCAAAUUCUUUCUCCGGAAGCGGGUAUGUGGUUGAAGUUGGAGAAGCUCAAUGAGGUGUAA